AUGAAAGAGGAUCAAUCAGUGGUGGGUCGAAGGAGAAUAUACUAUGAUCAAAACGGUGGUGAAGCACUUAUCUGCAGUGACAGUGAGGAGGAAAUAAUUGAGGAAGAUGAAGAUAAAAAGGAUUUUGUUGAAUCUGAAGACUUUAUUCUCCGAAUGACUUUCAAGGAUGUUGGUUUGUCUGAUCGGGUGCUGGAAUCACUAGGACAAUGCUUGUCUAGAAGUCCUGCCGAAGUCAAGGCAAGAUACGAAACUCUUAUGAAGGAGAAGGAUGUUGGAGUUUCUAAGAAUAAGGAUACUGAAGUAAAAAAUUGGAAUUCCUUUAUUGAAAAGGAUCUUGAAGCAGCACUUGAUUCUUUUGACAAUUUAUUUUGUAGACGGUGCCUUGACCUCAUCUUUCCUGCCGAUAAACAAAAUACAUGGAACCAUCCAGAUGAAGAGAAUGCACCUUGUGGUCUGCAUUGCUAUCGUUUGGUGCUUAGGUCAGAAAGAAAUGACACAGUUAGGUCUCCAAUGAAUCCUGAAGACAGGUCAAAUUCUUCAUCUGAUGGUGUUGGAGCACAAAUAUCAUCUAGUAAGAAAUCUGCUAGGAGGAAAGCAAAGUUAAGCCAAAGUGAAAGUGCUUCAUCCAAUGCUAGAAAUAUUUCAGAAAGUAGUGACUCAGAGAUUAGACCCGGGCAAGAAGAAUCCUCCCCUAUUCCUCAGUUAUCACCUUCUAAAAAUAAAAUUGUCAGAAAAUCUGGCAUUCUCAAGAGAAAUAGCAAGCGAGUUGCUGAAUGUGUUUUAGUUUGCAUGCGCAAGAGGCAGAAGAAGAUGGCAGCUUCUGAAUCUGAUUCUCUUGUGAGUGGAUGUGUUUCACCUACAGACAUGAAACUCAGGUCUAGUCGACGAAAGCAAAAUGAGGAUUCAAUGUCUUCUUCACAUAAGGAUGUAAAAUCUUUAAACACAGGAAGUAGUAACAAUUGCCUGGGAAGAGAAGAGUUUGUGGAUGAAAAUUUAGGUAAACAAGAACCAACUGAUGAUAAAUCUUGGAAAGCUAUUGAAAAAGGUCUUUUUGAGAAAGGUGUGGAGAUUUUUGGCAAGAACAGAAAUCUUUUGAACGGUUUGAAGACAUGUUGGGAGGUUUUCCAAUACAUGACCGGCACUGACAAUAAACUGGCUUGCCAUGCAGCCAAUGGUGUUCUAUCUCUUCUUGAAGGGUGUUCUAAAUAUGACCUUAAUGGAGCUAUGCUGCAUAUCACUCAAUCAGGAAAAGGAUUACUGAGGAAAGAUCAGCCAUGCCGGCAGUAUAAUCCAUGUAAUUGUCAAACAGCUUAUGGAAAGCAAUGUUCUUGUCUUUUAAAUGGAACAUGCCGUGAAAAAUACUGCGGAUGUCCUAAGAGUUGCAAGAAUCAGUUUAGAGGUUGUCAUUGUGCUAAAAGUCAAUGCCGAAGCCGUCAGUGUCCAUGUUAUGCUGCAGACAGGGAAUGUGAUCCAGAUGUUUUUAGAAAUUGUUGGGUCAGCAUCCGACCCAUAGUCUUGGGGUUCCACCACAAAGAGGUGACAAAUUAUGAAUGCAGAAAUAUGAAGCUGCUUCUAAAACAACAACAAAGGGUCUUGCUUGGAAGAUCAGAUGUUUCUGGAUGGGGAGCUUUCCUGAAGAAUAAUGUCGGGAAGCACGAGUACCUUGGUGAGUACACUGGAGAGCUGAUUUCCCAUAGGGAAGCAGAUAAGCGUGGAAAGAUAUAUGACCGUGAAAAUUCUUCAUUUCUUUUCAAUCUGAAUGAUCAGUUUGCUCUUGAUGCAUACCGAAAGGGUGACAAAUUGAAGUUCGCCAACCAUUCUCCUGAGCCUAAUUACUAUGCCAAGGUAAUUGUGGUUGCAGGUGAUCACCGUGUCGGUAUAUUUGCCAAAGAACGAAUAAAUGCAGGAGAGGAACUAUUCUACGACUACCGUUAUGAGCCAGACAGAGCUCCUGUGUAA